UAGACCUUCCCUUUCCGGCCAUGAGGGAGCGCCCUCCCGGCUGUAAGACUGUGUUUGUUGGUGGUCUGCCAGAGAACGCUAACGAGGCCCUCAUCGUGGAGGUGUUCGGCCAGUUGGGGGAGAUCAUCGCAAUCCGAAAGAGCAAGAAGAACUUCUGCCAUAUCCGAUUUGUCGAAGAGUUCACUGUGGACAGAGCCCUCUUCCUGUCUGGCUACCGUAUGCGUCUGGGCUCCAGUACAGACAAGAAGGACACAGGGCGGCUCCAUGUGGACUUUGCCCAGGCCAGAGACGACUUGUAUGAGUGGGAGUGUCGUCAGCGCCUGUAUGCUAGAGAGGAGAGACACCGCAGGAGGAUGGAGGAGGACCGUUUCAGACCCCCCUCCCCUCCACCCAUCGUCCAUUACUCAGACCACGAGUGUAGCCAGCUGGGCGACAAGAUCAAAGAUGAGGCAGCGUUUGCGGAGGCGGUAAACGUGCUGCUGACAUGGGUGGAACGCGGUGAGGUGAACCGUCGUAACGCCAACAACUUCUACUCAAUGAUCCAGUCGUCCAACAGCCACAUCCGCCAGCUGAUGAGUCAGAAGGCCACCCACGAGAAGGAGUUGGAGAUGGCCAAGGACAAGUUCAAGACCGCCCUGUCUGGCAUCCUGGCACAAUUUGAGCAGAUUGUGUCUGUAUUCCACGCUGCUUCCAAACAAAAGGCAUGGGACCAUUUCUCCAAAGCUCAACGCAAGAACCUGGACAUGUGGCGCAAGCAAGCAGAGGAGAUCAGAAACAUGCAAAAUGAAGAGCUGAUGGGGAUCAGACGAGAAGAGGAGAUGGAGAUGUCUGACGAUGACAUGGAGGAUACACACGAUCCAGACGACUCAGGCCCUGUGGCCCAGGUGGAGGCCCUAAAGGAAGAGAAUGACUCUCUGCGCUGUCAGCUGGACGCCUACAGGAACGAGGUGGAGCUGCUGAAGCAGGAGCAGGGCAAAAACCAAGAACACACACCUCCACACCACAGUGAAGAGGACACCAUCAGGCAGCAACAACUAACCUUUCUACAACAGGCACUACAGGGAAUGCAGAAGCAACUGCUGAAGAUGCGUGAAGAAAAGAAACAGAGGGAGGCAGAGUUGGAGAAGAGUGUGGAGGACAAACAGCAGCUGGAGAGCCAGGUACAGAGCCUCAAGGAAGGACUGGAGAAUCUGAAUAAAACACGCACACACCAGCUGGAGACAUCACCGCGAGAUGACAGAGGGAGCGAGGAGAGUGCUGAUCAAGUCAGUGAGGCGACAGCAUUAGAAGUGGUUUCCUGCAGUCAGGAGAAGGAGAGUCUGCCCCCAGAGAAGAUUCCCUCUAGUCCGGUUUACUCUGAGAGAGAGGCCUUGCUAGUUGGGAUCAUCUCUACAUUCCUCCAUGUCCACCCAUUUGGAGCCAGCAUCGAAUACAUCUUCUCUUACCUACAGCAGCUGGACACCAAGAUAAACACCGGACAGGUGGGGGCUCUACUGGGUCGGCUGCCCUGUACCUUCAGACAGGAGCUGACAGGGGUGGGUGCCAGCCUGGAGAAACGCUGGAAGUUCUGUGGUUUCGAGGGAAUCAAGACCAAAUAGAGCAUUACAGAGACACAGCGGAUAUCACAGAGACACAGAAGAAACAGCAUUAGGCUGCAUUAUGAGGACACUGAGGAAACAACCUCUGUGUACGUGACAGAGAGGGUGACUCGUCUCCAGGGUGACACCUCCAACACCACACUGCUCUGCUCUGUGCCCGACUCUGCAACGCCUCAUGAGAUAGAACACUGGGAGUCCCAGACGAGUAUCAGUCCAAAGGUGCCAGGGGAUUGGCUGUUAGUCCAUCACAUUGGUGCACUGAACCGUUCUCAGAGCCUCUAACUGGUUAACUCUGCUGUCAAUCAACCAAGACUACUACCCAGGGCCACGUUCAGGUGCCAAACGUUGUUGAAAGUUGCAAAUAGAAAUGCCAUGAAUAGCCAACAUGAUUCCUCAGUAAAAGAGUUCGGAAAGGCAUGUUUGUUCUAUGUUAUACAUUUCUAUCGGAAAGUUCCUAAAUGUUGUGGUCUGCUGAACGUGCCCCAGGGAGGAUAUCAGGGUCUGCUGAACACUUUCCACCUCCUUCUGCCUUUCUCUUUUCUCUCCUUUGUUCCUUGUUUGGGCAAUUCUAUAAAUAGAUUGUAUAUAUUACCAUACUUUUUGUAUGGGCAUCGUCAUACCAGAUGAUUUCAGGAGCUAUCAGGUGGUUGUUGUUUGUUUUCCAUGUGAACCAACUGAAAAUUCUCAACCAAUGUGUAUUCAGUUUUAAUUUAGUAUUCAGCACUCUUUGUUUGAACUCAAAGAAUAAUCAAGGACCAACAAUUAGCAUUUCUUAUGCCCAAGUCUAGGUAGUCCCUCCCCGCUACAAUCUGCAUUUUUCUGUUUGGUACCUAAUGAACACAACCCUGGUAAACAUAAUGGACUUCCAGCAGUUGACAGGGGUAAUAGCGUUUUUAUGAGUAUACUUUCAUGUGGUAGGGGUGUUAGGUAGUCUAGGUUAGAGCGUUGGGCCAGUAACCAAAAGGUCUCUAGUCGAAUACCGAGCUGACAAGGUGAAAAAUCUGUCGAUGUGCUCUUGAGCAAGGCACUUAACCCUAAUUGCACCAGGUUUGCUGUUGAUAAUGGCAGACCCUAGCUAUGAUCCCACUCUCCGAGGGUGGAUGCAAAUACAUGUGUAUUAAUACACACUUGUACAUGUGUGAAAUAGAACAAAUAUAAGCACCCACCAAAUGAUUAUUACGCAGUGCCUUCCUGUUGUGGCUAGUUCAUUUGAGGAUUGUUGGGAUUGUUUGUUUGUAUGUUUUUAUUUUCUUAUUUUACUUGAUAUCAACCAUACUUGAUGUCUUACUGUGUAAAAAAAUGUGUUAUCAUCAUAUACAGCAUAGUAGUACAGUGCCCCUGGAGAAAGUUAGGGUUAAGUGCAUUGUUCAAUGGCACAUUGACAGAUGUUUUCACCUUGUCAGCUCGGGUAUUCAAACCACAGAACUUGCUGUUACUGGCCCAACGCUCCUGCCGUUACUUGACCAGCCAAUCAUUUGAUGUACAUUUUUGUGUCGUUAUUUGAAGAUGUUUGGUGAAGUGCGUUUUGAUAAAAAUGUUAGUUUGAUGA